UUGAAAAUUCAACAUGAUCGAAAUCUGUGGUCAGCAUUUGAUGGCUAAAUCAAAGCAAACUUUUACUGAGCAGCCCUGACUGUAAGCUCAGUUAGUCAGAGGACUUCAGGUUACUUCAGAUUGAUAUCAAAACUGUAGUAAAAUAAAAUAAAAAUACCGCCGGUGUUUGCUACAAUUUAUAUAUUUAUGUUAUGAAUUAACGAUUGUUCAAAAAGUAACAAUAUUAAUAAUGAGUCUUGAAUUUAUUAAUAGUAUUCACUAUGAGAGAGCUAAGUCGAUAAACUCACUGGGAUGCUGUUUACUUUGUUCUUUGAGGUUAAGCGGUAUUCCAAAAAAUGACAAUUUCCAAAAUCUCAUAACCAAUACUGAUACGAUAAAAAACAUUUUUGAAAACUCUGAAUCUGAGGAAACGCUGGAAACGCCAAAAAUAUGUAUUAUCUGCUUAGGAAUACUCCAGAGUAAAGUUCAAAAUGCAUCAUUAGAACAGAUUUCUGAAGCAAUACGAUUGAAUGGAUAUGACUCGCAAACGUUCACAUGUGGACUUAAUCUACCCAUAUCCAUAGUAAUAAGAGAAAAAUCACUUUUAAUGUAUUUGGCACAAAAAUCAAUAUUAUCAAAUAGCCCAUUGGAUGAUACAGAUUCAAAAAGCUAUAGUGUUAAGGAAAUAUGGAAAAUGCAAAUGUUACCAAAAAUUGAAACUAUGACUUCAAAGCAGCUGACGACUUGUUCACUCAUGUCUUCUCCUUUCACUGUUAAUAUUUCGUAUACUUAUUUAAAUGAUGAAAUUGAUUGCGAAAAAUUAGUAAAAAAAUACAAUGUUAAUUCGUUGAAAAUGAAAAAUAGAAAACUAAAAGACUGUGGUUUUAGUAAAAGUACCGUCGAAAAAAUUUUGAGCAAUAUUACAGAUGAAAUAUUUAUGGACUGUUAUUCUGUUCCACCUUCAAAACCGUCGGUUCCCGCGGUGAUUGACCAAAUAAAUUGCACUCGUGAAAGCCUUUUCAUUGGAGGACGAUAUAUUAAAUUGUCUCGGAAACUUAGUCAAACUCCAUGGUUCGUAAAUGGAGAAAAAAAAAUGGAAACAUCUGUACAAGAUUUACUUUGUGAUCUCAUAGUAAAGUACACCAAAGCUGAAUCUUGUAAAUUUCUUUCGUCUGGUCGGGAAGAUAUUGAUGUGCGAACAAUAAAUACAGGAAGGCCGUUCGCAAUUGAACUGAUAAAUCCGAAAAUCACUAAGUUUUCACCUGAAAAGUUUAUAGACUUAGUUGAAAAGAUAAAUAGCUCAUCGAAACUUGCAAAAAUUACAUCUAAUUUGAGAAUACUAUCGCCAUUGGACUUGAAAAGACUCAAAGAAGGUGAAAAUGUAAAAAAAAAGUUUUAUAGGUCAUUAUGUAUUAUCAAAAAUUAUUCGGAAAAUCCAUUAAAAUUCGACGAUAUUAAUUUAAUAAAAAAUUUAAAAAUAACUCAAAAAACACCAAUUCGAGUCCUACAUAGACGACCAUUGGCAUCACGUAUUCGGAUUGUUCAUGAAAUGCGGGCCCGAUAUCUAUCACCAACGGAAAUAAAUGAAAUUAAAAAAAGACUUCCGACUUUAGAUUCACAUAAUUUGUGUAUGGGACAAUUGUUUAUCAUUGAUAUAAAAACACAAGCAGGAACUUACAUCAAAGAGUUUGUACAUGGGGAUUUUGGAAGAACAAAACCCAAUCUCUGUGAUCUUCUCGGUGUUGAAAUCGAUAUCGUCGCUCUCGAUGUCACUGGUAUCAACAUCGAUUGGCCUUAAACUAUAAUUCAUUAUUGGAUUAUAUAUAUAUAUAUUUUUUUAUUAUUUGUUACAAUAAUAAAUUCAUUAUAGCAAAAA